AUGUCAGGCAUCGAACAGCGAGAGGGUGGAUCCUCCACCUCCAGUUCACCUUCAUCCAGGACACCAAGGCUGGCAUUCCCUACCGCACGAUCCCGACCCACAUCCAUCGUGGAUACCACGACAACAUCUGUAGAGACAAGCGCAGAGGCUAUCCUCUCCACCUCUCCAGCCUCGUCCAUUACUUCAACGGGCGCUUCGCCUCGUAAGCACAUAAAGUCGGCUGCUGACCGUCUCGCCUCUGCUCAAGCCAGAGACGCUGCUGCUGCAGCCAAGCCACACAGAACACGCACCACAUCUAGUACAUCCAGGUCGAGCACUGAGGGCGGUCGACCCAAACUCCCAUCUCUGUUGCAGGCAUCGACCACACGCUCGGCAGCAACGCCUGCGACCAGCACCUCGCUUGAAAUCAAACCUGAUGACAAGCUUGAAGGUGGCUCUCGACGGGUUAGCACCGCCUCGCAAAGCGACGUUAAAGCCGCGGCGGGGGCCGGAAGAAGGCGAGGAUCUCGCGAUCAGUCUCCAACAGCAGAGAGCAAAGUCGCUGGCCCAAGCACCACCAAAAAGCUGACUGCUACAUCACCAAAUCCCCUCCCCAACGCACCGCCCCUCGUGGCGCUCCUCUCGGACUCUCGAGCAUCCAAGCUCAUCAAGCAGGGCGCAGAAGCGAAAGUCUACAUCUCUCGCAUCGCAACCAACAACAUCCUCUCUUGGCCUCAACCUCGCUCUUCCAACCUCGCAUCUAGCACUGUGGAGCCUCCAUCUUCGAUCUUGCUCAAAUGGCGCUUUCCCAAGACGUACCGACAUCCUACGCUGUCGAGCAACAUAACGGCCUCGCGUACGAUCAUGGAGGCGAGAGCACUGUUGAGGUGUGCUAAGGCUGGAGUGGCAGUGCCUGCUGUGAGGUGUGUAGAUGAGAAGGAAGGGAUCCUGGGGCUGGAGUUGAUUGCGGGUAAGAGUGUGAGAGAGUGGCUGGGAGGUGGAGCUGAAGGUGAGGAUGAGGUGAUUAUCGAUGGGGAAGAAGCUGAGGCAGCAGAGGGGGAGGAAGCAGUGCUGUCGGAAGAGGAGCAGGCAAAGUUGAUGAGGUUGAUCGGGAAGCAGUUGGCGAUUAUGCAUGAAGCGGAUAUCAUUCAUGGUGAUCUGACCACGUCAAACAUGAUGUUGAGACCUGCGUCGAAGGAUACUUCGGCAGCGGUUGAUCUGGAUCAUGACGAGGUCGUGUUGAUCGACUUUGGUCUUUCUUCGGUGUCAGCGUUUGCAGAGGACAAGGCGGUGGAUCUGUACGUGCUUGAGCGUGCAUUUGCCUCGACACAUCCUGCAUCGGAGAGGCUGUUCCAGAUGAUUCUUGAUAGCUAUGCGGAAGAAGUCUCCGCCCGAUCUUCUGGUAAGAACCGCGGUAAAGGCGGAAGACUCGGCAAGUGGGAGGAGACCAAGAGGAAGCUCGAAGAAGGUAAGUUUCCCACAAUGACGCAGAGAUCUUCCGCCAUGGACACGGAUUGCUGA